AUGUGGCUUCUAUUAGCCAUCUUGCUUACCAUAACGCUUCCAUCUACUACGGCAAAUGACGUUGUUGUGGAAAUCAGUACGGGUACACUUGCUGGUUAUCAAUCAAUAUCUACCUCAGGAAAGCUUGUGAACAUUUUCAAGCGAAUUCCAUACGCUGCACCACCUGUUGGAGAACUACGUUUCCAGAAACCGCAACCGCCCUUGAAAUGGAAGGGUGUGUGGGAUGCAACCGAGUACGGGCCAGCUUGUAUGUCGAAUUCUUCAACAACCAAAAGUCCACAGAAAUGGGUGGAUGAGGACUGUUUGCAUGUGAAUAUCUUUGCCAGUACUGACUGUCUGGUGAGUUGGUUCCUUUACUAG